AUGCACGACCUGGAUGAAAUCUAUCGGUCGAUGACGAGUCGGGCGCUGGAGCUGGGGCUUGCGAAGGUCUUGGAACAUCUGGGGGGCCGGGCGUUGCGGGUUGCGACGGUUUGUUCGGGGACGGAGAGUCCGUUGUUGGCGUUGGAGAUGGUUGGUGGUCAACUGGAAAAGCAUUUUGGCAUGACCCUGCCGUUUCGACAUCUCUUCAGUGCUGAGAUCGUGCCGUUCAAGCAGGCGUACAUCGAGCGCAACUUUCAUCCUCGAUAUAUGUUUCGGGAUGUGAAUGAGCUGAAAGAUCGUGUGGCAAAAACAGCGUACGGGUCCCUGGAGAAGCUUCCCAAGAAUGUGGACCUCCUGGUGGCAGGCUUCUCCUGCGUUGAUUUCUCCGGUUUGAACAACAACCGGAAGCAGCUCGACGAGCAGGGAGAGUCUGGAGGAACGUUUUGGGCAAUCAUCCGCCACGCGCGGGUCUACCGGCCCCGGAUGAUAAUCUUGGAGAACGUGAAUACAGCACCGUGGGAUAUGAUUGUCCAGUACCUUGCUGAGAUUGACUACCUGGGAAUUCAUGUGGGCGUGGACACCAAGGCAUAUUACCUGCCUCAGACCCGCGAGAGAGGAUACAUGCUGUGCGUUGACAUGAAGCGGAUGCAGGAUCGAGGCCUUACCGAAGAAGCCAUCAAAGGAUGGCCUGAGCUCGUUGGCAGCUUCCGGCGUCCGGCCAGCUCCCCCAUCGGCAUGUUUACCUUGUCCGCAGACAACAAGCGGCUUGAGCAGAUUGAGAGGGACAUGGCAGCCCGUCAAGCCGCGGCGACCACGCGCUCUAAUGUGGGCUGGGCGAAGUACCAACUUCGUCAUCAUUACUAUCGCGUCGGCAAUGAUCUUGGCCACAAGCGACCCGUGACUAGGUUUCAGGAUAACGGCGCUCGACAAAUGCUCGACUUUUGCUGGAAGAUAUUCUGCGGGGCUAUCCCGGAAAGGGUGAUUGACACCAUCGACUGCAAUUUUCUUCGGAAACUGCAGAGUGAAGGUUACGACAUGAACUAUAAAGAGCGAUGUCUGGAGCUUUCUCAGGGAAUCGACCGGGAUACCGACAAUCGUUCUUAUGGCAUCAUCGGGUGUAUCACUCCCAGCGGCAUUCCUUAUCUCACCACAAGAGGCGGCCCCCUGUGCGGCAUCGAGGCUCUCGCCCUGCAAGGCUUGCCUGUUGACAAACUCAUCUUAACACGGGAGUCGCAGCGUGACCUACAGGAUCUGGCAGGGAACGCAAUGAGUUCGACUGUCGUUUGCGCCGCCAUACUUGCUGGCCUGAUUAUCGGCCACACGGUCUUCGAAAAGGGUGAACGGCCUCCUUCGCCCAAGUGCAGCACCUCCAAAGCCAAGAGGCUCACCUUUAAGGGAACUGUUUUGUUGGCUCGCGGCAAACACGUUGUGCCUCGCUCGAAUGACUUCUUUAUUAUCGGUACAAUUUUGGAAAGGGCUGCCCGCAGCGCCAGAUUAUGUGUUUGUGAGAAGCAGUCGGCCGUCCGUCAGGAUAUCCUCAAGUGCAAAUUGUGCGAGCACACAGCUUGCGCUGGAUGCGCCGGCAACCCGAGUCAUUCAUACACCUCCCUGAAAGUGAUCAGAAAUCUACCUUCGGACUUCGUGACGGAUCUUAGAAAGAUCAUCCCCAGUAGACUGAUGGUGUCCGGUAUCACCGCGGAGAGCUACAGCGACCUCAGAAAUGACAGCUCGGUUAUCUGUCCUUCUGUCAUCUGGGACGAUUACCUGGCCGCUGUGAUGCGAACGGUAGGUGAUGAACUCCGCUUCUCGGAAAUCACACGGGGAACAGCCUGGGUGGUCUCCUAUGUGAGUAGCCAUUCCGUCCUCAACCUUGUCAUCGAUCCGGCAGGUGGACUUGAAUGGCGCUUUUUUGCAAAGGCAUUGGAGACCGAGCCCGCGCGUUCAGUGAACCGGGAAAUCCUUGCGAAGCCAAUUGCGCGGAUGAGGGUCGCGUCACCAUCCCUGUUUGGAGGUACCUGGCAGGUUUGUGCUCCGCUAAGCUCAAGCUUAGAUCUCAUCUUUAAGCCGGCGGGCGUGAAAGUGCCGACUUACGAGGCAGUCUGCGGCCUGCAGGGAGAAGGUAUCCCAUCGUCGAAAGUUUGGUCCCAGGUCGUCGUCCAAGGCUCCGAUGAGGACAUGAACAGACUCGAAAUCGAUGUUCGAGGAACAUACAAUCUUUUGCCCGAGUGCGGCACGGCGAAUGCAUCCCUGCACAAAAGGGAAGCCAGCGAGAACAAGCCAGCAGUAUAUCUGUUUCUGGAUCCGACAAAGCUGGGCGAGCCGAAGUACGACUCAUUUGUCUUCGCCCUGGAGCAUGCGCGAGAUCCUAGCUAUGCACCGCGGUUAACCCUUGCCGAAGUGGCUCACACUUGGCGUCCAAGUAGACAGCCUGAAGCUCACCAGGAGUCUGUCCGUACCUAUUAUCGCAAAUGGAUCGAUGUCGAAACAAUUUUCUUGCAGCCCUACUCCUCCGAUACUCCUAUCACCUUCACUGGCCCGGAGCCGGGGCACAUCAUCUCGAUCGAUCACACUGAAUGCAGCAGGCAGAAUAUCACCUUGCUAUCAUUUUCAGCACCAUCUGCCACCAUUGGCUCGUUUGGGACCGUGGGACCGUGGGAAGCCAUGAGCCCUUUGGACUCACAAGCUGAAUUGAGGGAUUUCGCCUGGUUGCUGCUCAGAGUCACCACCUCUACCGGCUAUGAACAUUGGAACCGGGUCAUAGAAAAGCAGGCAUGGAAUAGCGAUGAGAAGUUUUCCGGAUGCACUGUCUGCACUCCCCAAAAGCCAGCGAUGGUCUGGAGCUGCAGUACACGCGGCGUCAUCAAAGCCUGCGAGGAUCCGCGGGACGCCGCCCUAUAUGAGAGGCAGCUCAAGUCGAAGCCAGUCCCUUUCUUGGUGUUCCGCCGGGUAGACGAGGCCAAUUCUGUAAACAUGCGAGUCACUCUCAAUGUCCAAACUCUUCUACAUCAGGCAUACAACAAACUUCUUGGUUCAAGCACUAUUGGGAGUGCUUCCUUUCAUUGGCGCUUGGUCCCUAACGCGCACGACACGAGGAAUUUGGCAUUCUCGAAGUUCGAGCUAGGUAACAACGACGCGGACCCCGAAUCCAUUCAGCCCCCUAAUUUCAGGAUUACGCUGCGGCCAGAACAGCUUCGGUCUUUAUAUUGGAUGGUCAAGCAGGAAGGUGACGACAUUGAGCCUUUCGUCGAAGAAGAGGUGGAGGAGGCUCUACUUGCUGAACUGAUGUGGCGGGCGGAGGCGAAAGUGAGCGCUCCCAAAACAAUUCGUGGCGGUCUUGUGGCAGAUGACGUUGGUUACGGGAAAACAGCCAUCAUUCUUGGAUUGAUCGAUGCGCAAUCCAGACGGGACAGUGUUCCCCGGCCUGCGCCGACAAAGGGCUUUAUACCAAGCAAGGCGACCCUCAUUUUAACUCCUCGCACGAUUUUCACACAAUGGAUGCUCGAGAUCACCAAGUUCCUUGGGACGAAAUACAAGGUCCUUGGGUUCAACAAGAGCUCUGACCUCGACAAGGUAACCAUUCGCGAGGUUCAAGAGACGGACAUUGUUUUGAUGGCUUGGGAAGUUUUGGGUGAUCGAAAAUAUUACCGAAAAAUGCAAAUGUUCACCGGUAUGCCACGAGUGCCGCAGCCAGAAGGUCGCAAUUUCGUGGACUGGUUUUCGGAGGCCCAUCAGUCUCUCACCGAACAGGUUGACACCCUCAUGGACCAGGGUCCCUCUGCAUUCCUCGACUCCUUGGAGGCCAGACGCCGGAGGUUGAGAAAUACCACGGCGAAUUUUACCUACACCCCAUCAAAGCGACUGAGAGGAAGGCAUUAUGCGGAAGCUAAUGCAGAUCAAUCUCGCGAUGCAGGCAUUGACGUCGAGUACGCAGUCAUAUCUAGCGCCGACGAGGAGUCAGACACUGAUGACGGAAGAGAUCCCGAAACCCUCCGGUCCAAGAUAUCCCAGCUCGUUCAACUGCAGCCACUGAGAACAUUUGCUCCCCCUAAGAGGAAGAAGAAAGGAGAGACGGAGGAGCAGGAUGUGGAAGGGGAUGCGGCGAACGAGGAGGCAAACGAAGACACUGCCCAGGCCGAAUCAGAUCGCGACGACACCGAAUACGAGGACAUCGAUGCUCCCUCGGACCAGAACGUUGCCACCUCGAGCCGUGAAGAUGCCAACCCAAACCGUAAAGGUGUUGGCAGAAAGCGUAAGACCGUCAAGGCCGGCGGCAAGGGCCAGAAAGGCGAUGCUGGAGCAACAAGUCGUAAGCCAACACAAAGGUUGUUCUGGAGUGACAGAGAAGGGUUCGGCAUAGACAGGAGGACAAAGGAUCAAGACUGGGACACGAUGAAAAAUCUGACGAUCCACGCUUUCUCGUUUGAACGUCUAGUCAUUGACGAGUUCACAUAUGUGAGAGUUGAGCCCAACCCCAUCGCAGCUCUACAAGCUCGCGCCAGAUGGGUACUGUCCGGGACGCCGCCCUUGAAUAACUUCGCCGAUGUGAAUACGAUAGCGCCGCUCUUGGGGGUCCACCUCGGCAUCGACGAUGAUGACAUGAAGUCACAUAACAAGCUUUGGAAAUUGAAAAAGAAAAUUCAAUCAGACGCAGAGGUCUUCCAAGCUUACCGAGCCCCUCGAAGCGAGGCAUGGCACCGGAAUCGACAUGAGCACGCCCAGACGUUCCUCGACCGCUUUGCCCGCAAGAAUGUUCCGAGCAUCGGCGAAAUCCCAAUCACGGAGCACUUCAUUCUCGUUACCCUAUUACCAGCUGAGACAGCGAUCUAUUAUGAGCUUCAUAGGCAACUCCUAGGGCUGGAAGAACAGGUUAUUCGCGGCAGCCGGAGUAAACUCGGAAGCGAACGGACAAAGCGAAUUGAUGAGAUCAUUAACAGUAGCAGCUCGGCCGACGAGGCACUUCUCAAGCGCUGUACAACUCUUGCUCUCAGCAACCAGUGGAAAAACGGAAAGCCGGAAGCUACCACCUGCAAGUCUCUCAUUGAGACGCGCCAGGACCAAAUCGCCGCUGCCGUGGAGAUUUUCGCUAUGGAAGUCAAGUUAGCCAUUUGGCUGUUGGGAAAGGUUGACGAGAACGAACCUCAUUUCGAAAAGUUCACCGGGAGUGUGAGAAAACAUGAUUUCGGUGAUGAUACGGUGACAGCGAAGGCUGAAGCUGUUAUCCGGCAAGCAUUUCUUGAUCAGACGGAAGAAGAUUGGAAACUCUUCUUUGCAGACCCUGAGCAAGUGGCCAAACCGACCGGCAAGGCAGCGGCAGGGAAGACAAAUGAGAGAGCCGGUGGAGGUGCGCAAAAGGAUAAGAAAAAGGAGGAUAAACUGCCUGCGCUGCCGGACAGGCCAGAAAAGAAAGAAGAGAUCCGCGCUGUACUGAGGAGAACCGUGGCAAACAUGCGCAGCUAUCUUGCUGAGUGGGUAAUGCGAGCAAGGGCCCUCAGGUUCCUCGAAGCCAUGCAUCGUGUGCAAGCGAACCUGGAGUUGAAUUGCGACGACUGCCAGAAGAGGGUCCGCGGUCCAAGUGAAGUCACCAUUCUUGGUUCAUGUGGCCAUUCUAUCUGUUCCGGCUGUGCUUUGAAAUUCAACGCGAGCGAAGAAUGUGUGCUCCCAACCUGUCAGGGCGCAGCGAAAAAGGAUAAUUUCAUAGACGCAUCAGAGCUUGGCGGCAACUAUGGGGAUAUCAGCGCACGAUACGGAGGGACCAAGAUCGACAAACUGAUCGAGAUCAUCGAGAGCAUACCCCAAGGCGAGAAAGCGUUGCUAUUUAUCCAGUUUGAAGAGAUCAUGAAAGUGGCCUCGAAGGCCCUCACCCUCGCCAAGAUCAAGCACACUGCGAUCUUCGCAGACGACAAAGCGUCGACCAAGAAGCUGGAGAGGUAUCUGACAGAGGGGUUCGGAGAGAGUCGGGUGUUGAUGUUGAUGUUGGGGAACGAAAUGGCGGCGGGCCUGAACCUCCAAGAAGCGAAUCACAUCGUAUUCCUCUCACCCAUGCUUGCAGAGACUCAGUACAACUACGAGUCGACAAUGAUUCAGGCAACGGGACGGGCCCGGCGGUACGGACAGACGAAACACGUCCAUGUGUAUCACAUUCUGGCCAGACGGACCGUGGACGUGUCCAUCUUUCAGUACCGCCGGGCCUCCGUCCUGGGGAAGGGGUGA